UCUAAAAUGUCGGACGCGGAGCGAACGUUAUUUGUUGGUGGUCUUACUGAUAAAACAACUGAAGAACUUUUAUACGAAUUGUUUCUUCAGGCUGGUCCACUGGAAAAAGUUACAAUACCAAAGGAGAAAGAUGGCCGGAAGAAGAAAUUUGCGUUCAUUACAUUCCGCCACGAGGACUCCGUUCCAUACAGCGUCAAGGCGAUGGAGGGGAUUCAGCUGCAUGGACAGAACCUCCGCAUUCAGCCCCGGACCGGCUCCUCCCACAGCUCGCCCUAUUCCAGCCCCAUGUACAACGAAGCCCAGGAUGUGCCGCAUGUCAGCAAUCCCACGCCUCCAUACCACCGGUCAUACUCCUGGCAAGAACCACAACCCAGACAUGUUGACGGUGGUGCUCCAUUCAGAAGUCCCCAGAACCAAACAGCAUACAGACAGGGCCAGUCGGACUACCGGGAUCGGUCACGGGACAGGGACAGGUCCGAUUCAAGAGACCACUCCGAGACAGAUCACACCCGAUCAUCCGGCCGACCAUCCAGAUUCGAUCGUUUUGACCAGCACGAUACUUCCAGAGGAAAGGACAACUACACACCUCUCCAGAAAUCACAGACGUGGCACGGCAACGACCUGUCAGUUGCCGAUAGGUCAGGAAGGUCAGGAUCGCAGGAACAUUCUCCCAAUCUGUCGCCUAUGGGCCAGGAUUGUGGUCAGAUAAUGUUGAGUGCAGGUUAUUCCGGUGGCCCCCAGUUCCAGGCUGAAAGAAUGGACCCGGUCUCGAUUGAAGUACGCAGACAGAGGAUUUUAAGUCGACAGGGACAUUCACUUAGUGCACACAAACAGCACAACUAUGACAGACAUGAUAGAGGCAUGCAGCCGCGGAAUCCAACCCACGGCCAGAGGAGGAGGUAUUAGAUAGCAUUAAGUUUUGUGUGGACACAUGCAGAGGUGAACAUCAUGCAGAUUUUCCAACAUUUCAUUUUAGCACUCCUCAAGAAUGGGGGGCGGGAUUUAGCUGUCGGUUGAGUGCUCUCUUGAGGUGCUUGCAUUACAGGAUCGAACCACCUCGGUGGACCCAUUCAACUGAUUGUUUUUUCUUGUUCCAACCAGUGCUAUGUAGCGAGUUUCCCCUCAUGUCUAUGAGUCACAAUAAUCAUAUGUUUGACAUCCAAUAGCCGAUUAUUAAUUGAUCAGUGUGGUCCAGUGGUGUCGUUAAACAAAACAAACUUCUUCCUCAAGAAUGGUUCCUGUUUUUGAUCUCUGAGGAAAAGCUUUGCAGAUUUUUUUAUAUAGAGCCCAUAAAAUAUUAGCACUUUGGCAUAUUCAAGUUUCAUUUAGCCAAACAACAAAAACGACAGUACAUCCAUGAACAACAGACAAUUUUUAAAUUAGCUUUUUGGUGAAUUAGUAAUGAAAUAUAUUCGCCAAAUUCAACUUUAAAUUUACAUUUGACAAGCGAUUGCUUAAACCUGGACCAAGUUAAUGUCUUUUUCAUCUGUGGAAAGGACUCUGGUUCAAAUUGGUGAGAUAGCAGAUUUGAUCACUUCGAUGGGGUGUUGUUAAAAGUGUCAUUCAUUCAUUCUUUGAUCAUUUCAGUCACUGGGAUCAUUAAGAACAAGGAUUUAAAAGAUUUGUUUUAUUGAGUUCUUGGAUGGAAAAGAAACUUGAUGAUAAGCAGUGAAAGUUGUACCAUGUAAACUGUGGUUCAAAACUAUUUUUAUCAGUAAAAAAUCGUUUCACAAACAUUUUCUUCACUUGAUCAUGUUUAAGACUACAGGUACAUGUACGACAUCAACCAUUUACUAGCAUAAUUAUCUUACUAAUUUGUACAGCUUUUUAUAAAUUAUUAACAAUGGAAAAUUAUUUUUACAAGCAAAUGAAUUUUAAAAAAUUAUUUUAACAAGAAGAAGAAGAAUAAAUUUUGAUCUUGUUCAAAUAAUCUUUAAAGAAUUCAUUUAAACAUUUCUGUUAUAUAAUUUUAUUUGUUUUCCAUUCUUCUCAGUUAUGCUAAGAAGCUGAUUUUGUAUGGUUGUCUCUCAUUAUAUGAGUUACAGAGACCCAUUCUUUUAUGUUUUUCCUAUCCCAAACAUUGCCCCACGACAGGUAUGUCCAAAGCCAUGGUAUGUGCUGUCCCAUCUACUUGACAGUGCAUAUAAAAGAUCCCUUGCUAAUGGAGAAAUGGGUGGUUUCCUCUCCGAGACUAUGUCAGAAUUAUCAAAUGUUUGACAUUCAAUAGCAGUUGAUUAAUAAAUCAAUGCGCUUUAGUGAGGUCAUUAAAUUAAAAACAAAAACCCACUUAACUUUGUUCAUCUCCAAUGAAAAAUUAAACAAAAAACUAAUAUGCAAAUGGUUCAAUUGUUCACAAUGACAUUCACACCUAAUAAGCACAAGUUUAUUGAUGAUACUGGCACCAUUAUCUUAAAAAUUAAAUGCCUCAUUGCUGUUUAGUUAUUAUUUAUGGACCUCGGUCUUCAAAGCUGCACACCGUGAAUAUAUACUGAACAAGAAAAGAAACUUAAAUAUUAAUUCAGUUUUCCUUAAUUUUGUUUAAAAUUAUCUAGAUUGAAUCCCAGUAGUGUUUGUGCCUCUAAUGUUUUUUAUUGUUUUAUAAACAUUUUACACCAAUUUUGAUGGUGUUUGUAAACCGAAUUAAUUGCAUAAUAAAAAAUAAAAAAAAAUAUAUACAGUAAAGUACUCUUAUAACAAACUGGAAGGGACCAUGAUAGUUAGUUCGUUAUAGCAGUAGUUCAUUGUACACAUUUGCAUAAGUUGGUUA